GAUGUUCAUGUGUCACCAUAUUUAAGAUUGUAUCUAAAAAAUGAAUAUUCCUCAAGUUUCAACAGCUUUUUGUGGCCAGUGUUUAAGAACUGCAUCUUUGAUUAUAGCAUGGUCUCUUACUAUAUCAGUGGGCAUAGUAUGGUCUCUCUAUCUUUCAUUGCUGCCAGUUAUUUUUAAGGAAUAUGAUUUCAGUUAUGGGAGAGGAUUUCAAGCGUUUUUUUCAAUUUUGGGAAUGAUUUUAACUUACUUCUUCAUUGAGCAUUGUUUGCUUCUUUGGGGAGUACUGAAGAAACAGCAAUACUUCCUUCUUCCGUGGAUAGUGGUGACAUGUCUUACUAUUUCUCUUGGUAUCUGUGCUGCUGCUGUAUUACUUAUAAUGGCACUUGUUGAAUCUCCAGUUGCUCUCCUUUUCUUCGUUCCUAAUUCUUUAUUCACUAGUGGCCUGAUUUACUGCUUAUUGGUCAUCUAUUCAUAUUAUCAGGAAAUCAGCAACAACUCAAACACACAAUACUCUGCUGUACAGGUCAUUUAGUUAAGUCACAUUCAUUAGAUAAGAUCUACUUUUAUUAAAAUCUUGUUUUCAAAUUUGAAAAUGACAUAUUUUGUUUUUUUUAUUGUUCAAUUUUUU